AAGCAAAAUUAAGGUUUUUAUAAGAAACUUGAAUUCCAACCGAAAUUAAAAACAUAUUCUUCAACUAAGAAUCGAAUAAUCUAAAGUUAAAAACCAAACCGAAAUCAGAGAAGAGUUCUGUAAAACAAUACAAACUUUGAUAAUGACGUGUGAACCUCUAAUUGGCUAGAUUCCAUCGACGGCCAAUCACUCAUCAUCGCACGUAAACCGCGUAAGCUCAAGCCACCUCCACGAAAAAACAUUCUGCAAAUGGGGUCUUCGAAGGGUAUUCCGGUAAUAUGACCAUGGAUUGACGUUUUCACCCUUCGCCUCUAUAAAGAUCUUCUCCGUUUUAAUAUUGAGCGUUGUUUUAAAGCUCCGUUCGUUGUUACGCCAUUCUCUCUCUCUCUCUCGAUCAGAUCAUAUACACAGAGUGAAGCAGGAUGGGAUUGUCGUUCGCGAAGCUUUUUAGCAGGCUUUUUGCCAAGAAGGAGAUGAGGAUUCUCAUGGUUGGUCUUGAUGCUGCUGGUAAGACCACCAUUUUGUACAAGCUCAAGCUCGGUGAGAUUGUCACCACCAUUCCCACCAUUGGGUUCAAUGUUGAAACUGUGGAGUACAAGAACAUCAGCUUCACAGUCUGGGAUGUCGGGGGUCAAGACAAGAUCCGUCCAUUGUGGAGGCACUACUUCCAGAACACUCAAGGUCUCAUCUUUGUGGUGGACAGCAAUGACAGAGACCGUGUUGUUGAGGCUAGAGAUGAAUUGCACAGAAUGCUUAAUGAGGAUGAGCUGCGUGAUGCUGUUCUGCUUGUGUUUGCUAACAAGCAGGAUCUUCCAAAUGCUAUGAACGCAGCUGAAAUCACUGAUAAGCUUGGUCUCCACUCACUCCGUCAGCGUCACUGGUACAUCCAGAGCACAUGUGCCACUUCAGGCGAGGGACUUUACGAAGGUCUUGACUGGUUGUCCAACAACAUCGCCGGCAAGGCGUAGAGGAAAAGUUUGUGGUUGAAUUGAUUUUGCUGGGCAAAUCUGGAUGCAGGGGCAAAACAUUAUCUGAGUUUUUUUAUUCCGGUUAUCUUAUAUUGUUUUUGUUUUUUUUUCGGGUAUGUGGAUUGAUUUUCUGAUCGUUGUUUUAACUUGUGUAAGGCGGGAUGGGCCUCUUGUACGUAGAACACAGAAACUACCUUUAUUACAUAUAUAGCUUGUUAUUCAUAA